CGACAAUCGUGCCGGCGCCUUCCUGUUUCAGGAAUUUACACAACAUUCUCGGCGACUCGACAUAUGACCUUCCCAUUCUCCACCCAUCUUCAAACUGUAUACUCCAAUUGAGUACUAAACUACUCACAACCACCUCAAAGCACACAUACUCGAGCUUUCUUUCGACUUUCGAGUCAAGAAAUACCAGAAAACACAGCAGCUCUUCGCGCAUCCACCACUACAACUGUUCCCGCUCCCAUAUUCCAUCGGCCUGGAGGCCAAUACAUCUACUUAGAGUGUCUGAGGAGGAGAUUCUGUGCUAUCUGAGCACAUCUUAAAAACUCCAGUUCCGCCCGGCGGAAGCUGCUAGCUCUGCGCGAGUUUCGGAAAGAAGUACAGCCCAACGUCUUCGAUCGAACAAUAUAAUUCCGGACUCCACUUGCCACCAACGAUGCUGUCCAAUCCAUCCUCAGGAGUAGCUGACCGUCGCACAUACCAUCGACGACAAAACUCAACACCAGCUAUGUACGCGCCUGCCCUAGUACGACCGCUUCCUGCAGCCGUACAAAGGCAACUUGGACACCGCCGAGGUUUAAGCCUCGAGGGUCGCCCAAUGCGCCUUGGACAACAAUGCGACCACAAUACUAACCAAACAGUUUCGCAGGAAAGUCACCCAAGCGUAAGUAUAGAUACUAACUACAGGCAACAAUAUACACAGCAACCAUCGACGCAAGUAGCGCAGCAGCAUAGUCACCAGCCGGGCACUCAAGUUUUAGAAUCCACUCAGACAUCUCUAGUAAGUAGUCCCCAAUGUAACGGGGACAUCUCACCGCAUGACGCAGAAACCCUCGAGAGAAGAAAACAAAGACAACAGCAGCUUAUCCUCGAGAAAUACAAUGAAUUACAGAACGCAAUGAACGAAAUGAACGAGUUUGGGGGCGUCGACGACCUACAAGCUAAUCUGGGAGCACUUAUGACGCCUGAAGCCACGCCUCAGAAACAAAGAUUUGGGCGAGGAGGCCAUGUGGAUUUCGCACCGAUGCCAUCAAAUUUGGGGGACAUGAAGGACAUCCAUCUUGAUCCACCCAUGUUUGACGAUCGUUUCGCUGGAUUGACAAGUCCUCUUACCGAUAUGAGCUACGCAUCAUCCUACUGCUCGGAUCAUUCGUCGCCGUCUCAUACUCAUGCAUCCCCUCAUUCUUCACCUCAUCAUCAAAUCUCCCAUGAUUUUGGGCAAUUUGCGCCACUGAAUAGCAACGUCAUUCGACAGAUAUUUCCCAACAGCCAAGUCAUCCUUCAACCUCCCCAUGGAGCACAUCCCGACAAUUCGUUCUACUCUUCCAAUGCGACACAAGCUUCUUCACCACAGGCAAUAGAAAUUGCUGGUGUACAGAUUGAUGCGACAAUUGAGGAUACUGGUAUCAGCAACGAGGAUGUACAACAGUUCAUCAGCGCCCAAGACACCGAAAGUGGACGAUGGUUUUGCCUUUGGAACGGGUGUAAUAAGGAUUUCGGGAGAAGAGAGAACAUACGUGCACACGUCCAAACCCAUUUGAACGACCGGCAAUACAAGUGUAACCACUGCAACAAGAAAUUCGUUCGACAACACGACCUGAAGCGCCAUGCGAAGAUACACACAGGUGACAAGUCGAACAAAUGCCCAUGUGGAGCCGGAUUUGCACGCCAAGAUGCCCUCACUCGACAUCGACAACGGGGAAUGUGCAGUGGUGCAUUCCCAAACGUUGAGAAGAGAAAUGCCAAGCGAGGCCGACCAAAGAAGAAUCGACCAGACAUGGAGGCAAGAGUGAGCAAAGCCGCGAAAACUCGUCGAGCUCUAGCAUCUAGUGCUUCCUCAGUCUCGGCAAGCUCCCCACCCUCUGGGUCAAUGUCACCAGACGCCGACUUCAAUUUGGAUACGAGCCAUUACAACGACAGCUACGAGUCGUUUGAUAGCCAGUCAGAUCACUCCUCGGAUCCAUUCAGUGAUAGUUUGGAAAAUUUACAUGCUACGAGUCCCAUCUCACAAGAAAGCAAAUCUUUCAGCUCUGGAGGAGUUGCCCCGGAGGCGACAAUGAUGAGCCGGACAACGACGCAAGCAUCAACGAACUCAUUUGACCGAACGCCACCGAUGUCACCGUCAGAUAGCACUUCACCAGCUUCUGUACCAUCUCCAGGUCAUCCAAGUAUAGAGCAUCUACCAAGCUUCUCGAAGAUUGAGACACCACCAGGAUCCCCAUGCAUGCAAAACGAUAACAUAGAAAGCCUUUUCGACGAGAGCUACGAGUUCAACUCGUAUUGUGGGACCACGAUGGACUCGGGAUCUAUCGAUGCCCUUAUAAACUGCGACUUCAGCAACGAGAUGAAUUUUGACGCUUUUCGCGAACUAGACCAAACUAUGUAA